AAUAGCAGUGUGAAUUCGUGAUGGCCAAGGAACUAUUCAGCCCACAAUUAUGUAAUGGAAGCAUUAAGUGAAGCAACGUGGCAGUGUCAUAGUCAUAGCUUUGUAAUUAGAGAAGCUGGGUUUAUGGCCGCUCCUUUCAUUCUCAUAAACCCUCUCACUUUCUCGACUCUUCACCACUCUUAUCGUCACCGUUACCAUUUCCCUCCCACCAAACCCAGCUCUCUUUCAUUCAGUUCCAUUAAGAUGGAAGCUACUGAAAUAACUGAAAAGGAUCUACCUGUGAAGAAGAAGAAGAUAUUUGUGGCCGGAGCUACAGGAAGUACCGGCAAAAGAAUUGUUGAACAACUUCUAGCAAAAGGUUUUGAUGUUAAAGCUGGUGUUCGUGACUUAGACAAGGCUAAAACUACUCUUUCCAAGGACAACCCAGCUCUUCAAAUUGUGAAAGCUGAUGUUACUGAGGGAUCUGACAAACUUUCAGAGGCAAUAGGUGAUGAUUCUGAAGCUGUUGUUUGUGCUACGGGGUUUCGGCCUGGCUGGGAUUUGUUUGCUCCUUGGAAGGUUGAUAACUUUGGCACUGUAAACCUUGUUGAAGCAUGCCGAAAAGUUGGAGUAAACAGGUUCAUACUUAUCAGCUCCAUUUUAGUCAAUGGAGCUGCAAUGGGGCAAAUACUGAAUCCAGCUUAUAUCUUCCUGAAUGUCUUUGGCCUCACCUUAAUAGCAAAGCUUCAGGCAGAGCAAUAUAUAAGGAGAUCUGGUAUUAACUACACAAUUAUAAGGCCCGGUGGAUUGAGAAAUGAACCACCGACAGGAAAUCUGGAUACUCUUUACGAGGGCACCAUUUCAAGAGAUAAGGUUGCAGAAGUUGCUGUUGAGGCAUUAAUCCGUCCAGAAUCACAUUACAAAGUCGUGGAGAUAGUCUCUCGUGCAGAUGCUCCUAAUCGCACCUAUGAAGAUCUUUUUGGUUCAAUAAAGCAACAAUGACAUCAUUUUCAGAAUACACAUGUGCAGGAUUGUGCAUGGUAAUAAUUCAGGCUUCGAUUUUAUAAGUAGAGCUGUGCUUCUUAUGCUGUCCUUUGGUUGCUUUCUUUGACAUUUAUUUGUCUACCUGUGUUCAUCUGUGUGCAAAUUCCUCUCAAAGAACCUAUAUGUUCUGCAGUGUCUAGAAUCAUCAUAUGGUUUGAUAGUUGAUAUAUUUUAUGGUUCCCAGAUUAUCUUA